GACUCUCGAAUCUGCUUAGAAAGUCAUUUAGAGCGUAUGUGAUACCUGCUACCAAAUAUCUUACGCACUCAGUUUCUGCUUGGUGUUUCCAUGCCUUUUGAAUCGAUCAAGAAAAUGUCACUGCUCAGAGGUUGAAGCUAAACACACAGAAGAACCAUGUUUGCUAGAAGAUUUUUGGCUGCCUCAUCAGUUAUGCAGAGGCAGUUUGUGAGGAGUAUAAGCAAGUCAGUGCGGCUUCAUCAGCUGGACCUUAAAGGCAUUUAUCCACCAAUUUGCACACCCUUCACAGAUGAUGGCAAAUUUGACAUUAACUAUGAAAAACUUGCAGAAAACAUGAAGGUCUAUCAGCAAUCACCACUUAGAGGAUACCUGGUGCAGGGCAGUAACGGCGAAUACAUCUACCUGACCCCCUCUGAGCGUGUGGAGCUGGUACGCCGGGUCCGCCCCCUGGUCACGGACGGUCGACUGCUCCUGGCCGGCUCGGGAUGCGAGUCGACUGCGGAAACCGUGGAGCUGUCGCAGCAGAUGGCAGAGGCCGGCGCUGAUGCGCUUGUCGUUGUUACGCCCUGCUACUACAAGGCGUCGAUGAACGACGCGGCGAUGGUUGCCCACUACACUGCAGUGGCCGAUGCCAGCCCCGUGCCUGUGAUUCUAUACAGCGUGCCCGCCAACACGGGUAUAAAUCUGAGCGUGGAGGCGGUCACUCAACUGGCGCCGCACCCCAACAUCAUCGGCAUAAAGGAUAGCCUAGGAGAUAUCAGCAAGCUGGCUCAGCUAGUGGAGACCACCAAAGACGAACAGUUCCAGGUGCUAGCCGGCUCGGCUGGGUUCCUGCUGCCGGCUCUGCUAGUCGGUCAUGACUCCACGUGUGUUGGUGGUGGGCGGCGGACUGACGUCCGCAGUGACGUCAUCCCUGCUCCGAGAGGAGCUGGGCAGCAGAUGUCAACUGACGGUGUGGGAUAAGGCACGGGGCGCAGGCGGUCGUAUGUCGACCUCCCGCGGCCCAGAGGGCUGUGGCACCGUGGACCUUGGAGCACAGUACAUCACUGUGACACCACAGUUCCAGCAGCUUCACAACAAAUUCUACUCCGAGCUACAGUUAGCAGGCCUGUUGGCGCCUCUGACAACCACCGUACAGGGUCUCCGCCCGGCGCCGGCCGGUAGCCAACACCUGGUCACUCCCCGUGGUACCAGCGCCCUAGUGAAACACUUCUUCAGCAGGGCCGAGGUCACACCAGAGUUUAAUCAACGGGUGACUGAGGUGUCAACAGAUGGCGCGCAGUGCGUCGUUACCACGGAAACCGGCCGGACUGAGUCGUUUGACGCCAUUCUUCUCACAAUGCCGCCGCCGCAAAUUCUCGAGCUUGGAGGAACGCUGAAGAAGGAUAUCGAGUCAAACCCCGCACUAUCUUCUGGCCUCCGCUCGGUUCGGUUCAGCUCCCGGUAUGCCCUGGGUCUGUUCUUUGGCGCCGGGGGAGGCCCGAAGGUGGACUGGGGUGCCAAGUAUGUAUCGGACCACCCCGUGGUGCGGUAUGUGGCAGUGGAUAACGUCAAACGCGGACAAGCCUCCGGUCCCAGUUCGGUGGUGGUCCACACCAGCGUCCAGUUCGGGGAGGAGCACGUCGAGAAGACGCCCGCCGAGGUGCAGCCAAUCCUGGAGCGCCACGUCACAGAGCUGUUCCCUGAUUGGCCGGCGCCCACCUCGGUCAAAUGCCAGAAGUGGCGCUAUUCGCAGGUGACGGAGCCGUUCCCGGGCCGUCCCGGCCACGUGGUGCUCAGUGAGCAGCCCCUGGUAGUGGCCGCCGGUGAUGUGUUCAACCGCUCCAACAUGGACGGGUGUCUGGAGUCGGCUACCGGAGCGGCCCGGCUCCUGGUGGAGAAGCUACGUCAGAAGGAGGCGUAACCACCGACCCAGGAGCCACUAGCAGUACCACAGACGGAGUCGGAGCGAGUUGGCGAGCGGAAAACAGACACCAUAGCGGUUAGUCCUUAGUCUUUUCUCGGAAUCUGGCUCAGAUGAGGGAUUGUUUGCGGUGAUGGUCUUCAAAUUAGACAGCCUGCAAUUAUGCGAGUCUACGGAUUAGUCUACGGAUCAGAGAGUCUAAAUAUCUGUAGUCUACAGUGAAGUGCCGCGGUGGUGAUAAAUUGACCAGAGACUUUACGAAUAUACCGAAUGGUAUAGUGGUAGGGUAGAGUGAACUCGUUUUAGGGAUUGGGUAUUUUUACAUUUGUUUCGAUGUGUCCCUUUGUAGUGUAUUGAAGGAUUCGCAAUGGGGCAUGGAAGGAACAAUUAAAAUACUUAUCUGUUUCGAAAAAUUAGGGUGACUUUUUGUGAAUCUACUAGUAAUUUGAUGAGUGGGAUGCAAUUGAUAUCUGUCACCGGCACAGAGUAUGUUAAACUCACAUGUGCUCAACUCAGGACUUUUGACUUAAGUCAGACUGAACACAGAGGGCACUUCGUAGUUCCGGUUUGAAACGUGACUGCUGCUACAUAUUUACAUAACUCACUACAGUAUGGCAGCAACUCCAGUCAUACAUGAAAAUAUGUUAGUUGUAAAUCUGUUAGUGCCUAUGUAAUAAGUGCUGUUCAGCCAGAACAUCUCAACAUCUGCUUUUACUGCACAACCAGUGUGAUCCGGCGUUAAUUUGGUAAUACCUAUGCUGCCGUGAAAAGGAAAUCGAUAUCGUAGGUGACAUUUUUAACAUUUUACAAGAGAGCCGUUCUUAUGUUCUGGUUAGUUUUAGUACCCUUGCGGACACUUGCGUUGCUUGAAUUGGGAUAAUAUAAGAGGUCGUCACGGU